ACCUUGGAACCAUCGGUCUGGGCCAACUGACUUUUUCUCGUCACUGUUCUCUCAUUAAUCGCGCGAAGCGUACCACUUCAACACCCAAAGAAACUCCAGAUCCAAUGGUUCCUCCGGGCUCCUUCGUCCUAAUUGCGGUCCUCACGGUGCUGAUGAUAGACGAGGAAAACGGAGCAAACGCUCGCAGGGUGAAGCGAAGUGCCCAAACGUACACCACCAAGUACGACAACAUCGAUAUCGACCAGAUUCUAGCCAGCAAUCGAUUGCUGAAGAACUACGUCAACUGUUUGCUGGACAAGGGCGGCUGCACGCAAGAAGGCAAAGAGCUGAAAAAGUAUCUGCCUGAUGCCAUCGCGACUGAAUGCUCAAAGUGCAGUCAAACCCAAAAAAAAAUCGCCGGUCGAGUUUUUCAAGCGCUUCUCCUCAACCACCGGGACGACUGGGAGUUGCUCACCAACAAGUACGAUCCGGAGGGAAACUUCCAAAAAAAGUACCUGCAAGAAGACGAGGACUACUCAGAUCUAGAGGAAGCUUAGGGAUGGUUUCCCAUAAAAACAGCACCCCAGUUAGCGCUAAGCGCAACUGUUGCACCCAAACCAUCCGGAAAUGUGAUUAAUAAAACUGGGAAAGCCUGA